AUGGAAUCUCAAGCCCAAGAGAUAACUCCUACAACGUCUUUUCCAACAGCGCUGUACAAUCUGGUAUUAUGAAAUCUGGUAUCAAGUAAAGAUGCCGUCAUCAUGUAUACCAGCAUGUCGAAAGAUACUGUUUCUGUAUUUAGAAUCUUAACCGGACGGUGAAAUUCAAGAUGACAGAUGUACAGUGAUUUGACUUAAAAGGCCAUAGCUAAAUCAAAGGAACACUUUAUGACCCAGCGUACCUUUGAAUAGGACCUAUUUUGCUACAACUCCCCAUUACUGACUCAGAAACAAGGCCGCACCUGGAGAUAAGUGUGUCGUCUGCUCCUCAAACAUCAGACGACAUUUUAAACAAGUGCUACCCCGGGCCAAAGCUUUCGGUGAUCUAGAUCGGCGUUCGGCCUUCACAGCCAGACUAGACAUUCUCACGUGCACAUGUGCUGGGUGUGUAUUUCACAUUAAAUAUCAACCAGCAAAGCUAACGGCAGCAACAUGGCGAUGCAGGAGGAUAUUGAGCUGCCCUAUCUGACUGAAGGAUACCUUGGCAAGCAAAAUAAGUUUGAUAGUUAUGGAUUAAUCACAGCUUCCCAUCCGGAUCCCUUCAUCAAAAUGGAAUCGGAUCGUGUCGAGAUUAUCAUCGGAACGUCAGAAAAGAUUCGGAUGACGACGAAAAUGAUUUCCAUGGCGACGAAGAAGGAGUGUAAUGAAUAUAGCCUGGUCAGAAUUCAAGGUCCCAACUUCUGCUUUCUUCUUAGACCACCAGUUCAAGGAUUCUAUAAAUUCCAAAUCUACGCCCUCCCGUCAGGCGAAGCUGGACCGCAGAUGCAAGGGGUCAUCAAUUAUGUGGUGUAUUGUCCAGGGUUAGCCGCCGAUGUCCAGCCUUUCCCUAAACAGUACCCUCAGUGGAAGGAUGGCUGCUAUCUUUACGAGCCCUACACGAUACCAAAAGGUAGCCGAGAGCCAGUUGGGUUCAAGGUUUACGUCCCCAAGGCCAAAGACGUGCAGGUAAAGGUGGGGAAUGAUUGGAACCCCCUUGAACAGACCGAGCCAGGAACCUUCGAAGGAACUGUGGACCUUAGCACGAAUUAUCCCCCAAAUACCUUGGCGAAACUCAAUGUUAAAUAUAUGGGGAAUAAUUACAAUACUUUGCUGGAAUACAAACUUUGAAGUUUCAACAUUCAGUUAUCCUUGUUGGGCUUCGCCCUUUUUGCGAACGUUCAUGAAUUAUUUUUGGAGUGUUUUACGUUUUUUCUCACAUUCUGCUUGCGUUACACAAAUGGCCGGACGUCAUCAUUGAAUCAUAUGCAAUGGAUGCAUGGGCACAAAGACAUUCUGAGAUUUUCCAUUUGAUGCUGUAACUUUCCCUGAACAGUAAACUUGUCGCGAAGUGGCACCCCACCACGACAAAUAUGUCUGAACAUGAUUGAAUAUCUAGUGAAGGAUUUGAUUCUGUAACGAGGUACGGGUUAUUGCUUGUCUAAAUUGUAUAAUUUAAUAAGAUUCUUUAAGCUGACGUAUAAUGAUUUAUCUACGAAGUUUACACAAUAUCUUUGCAUAAUAUUUCUCUUUGAUUAUUCAGUUACAUACUUAUUUGUUCCGAAAGGAAUAAAAUUUUGCACAAAA